AUGUGGUCCGACGCCCCAUCUUACCUUGAGCCUCCUCAAGUCGACGCCGGAAAAGAAUUUGUCCAGAUCUUCGUUGGGAAGCAAACGAGACCUACCUACUGCCACAAAGCGCUCAUAUGUGCCUGCUCCCGCUUCUUCACCUGCGCAUUCCUCGGCACUUUCAGAGAAGGACAAGAAAACAAGAUGAACCUCCCCGAAGAAGAGACUCGCCUGUUCGAAAUCCUCCUCGAGUGGCUGUACGAGCGUCCCUUGUCCCUUGACUCAUACAUGCGCGACUUCAGUGUCGAGGCCGACGAACUCUGGCUCGACGUCUUCUACAUGGCCCACCGCCUCGCCGUCGACAAGCUGUGCGCCGUCGCGCUGUACGAGCUCCACGACAUGUUCGACGGCUAUGCUCCCGCUGUCGCCCCGAGCACCGGCUUCAUCGACAAGAUGUACGCGACCGAUCUCCUGCCUCAGUUGAGGGAGUACGUCAUCAAACACACCGCCUUCUGGGACGUGCAGGAUCGGUUUCUCCAGGUCGACCACCUCCGCCUCCAAGACUCUCCCGCCACCCACCCCCUCUUCCGCGCCGGCCUGUACGCUGCAAACGCAGAGUACAGAACCUUGCGAAGCGUUCGCGUCCUCUCCCUGCGCGGCGCAACCAACAACACAAUCUCGCACCCGGAGGACUUUUGCCGUGUCUGGGGCAAGGACUGGGCCAAAAACAGGUGCGAUGGCAGAUGUUUCGUCUCCAAGGAGACACUGAUCGACUUGGAGCAUGUUUAUCCCCAUUGA